AAAUGGUGCCGCUUUUCAAAACAAAUAGAGACCAAAGGAAGCCUCAUCUUCGUUAAGAUGGGAACAAUGGCGUGUCUCACUUUCACUUCCUGUAUUGGGUUCCUCGAUUCAAUCCAACUCUCUCGCUCACCUUCUGCAAAGUUGACAUCUUUUUCGGUAUCUAAAGCAACCUAUUUGCGGGUUUCACAAGAUGCAUUCUCACCCACUCAAGAAUCACACUCUAAUUCUAACCCUGUAAUUGGAAACCAUGACUUGCUCAUUGUGGGUCCUGGGGUUCUUGGUCGUUUGGUAGCUCAGAAUUGGAGAGAGGAAAACCCGAGUUGUCAAGUUUAUGGACAAACAAUGACUAGUGAUCAUCACAAAGACUUGAUUCAAUUGGGGAUUAACCCCUCCUUGAAUUGGACAGAAGGUACCCACAAGUUUUCAAAUAUAAUUUAUUGUGCUCCACCUUCCCGGACCCCAGACUAUGCGGGUAAUGUUAGGCUAGCUGCAUUAAGCUGGAAUCGUGAAGGUUCUUUUGUAUUUACAUCAAGCUCUGCUCCAUACAAUUGUAAUGAUAACGGAUCAUGUAAUGAGGAUUCUCCAGUUGUGCCAAUUGGGAGGAGCCCUAGAGUUGAUGUCCUCCUUAAAGCUGAAAACGUGGUACUAGAAUCUGGUGGUUGUGUUCUAAGAUUAGCAGGGCUUUAUAAAGCAGAUAGAGGUGCGCACAACUAUUAUUUAGAAAAGGGCGUUGUUGAUAGUCGUCCUGAUCACAUCCUGAAUCUUAUACAUUACGAGGAUGCAGCUUCCCUUGCAGUUGCAAUUUUGAAGAAGAAUCCUCGUGGAAAGAUUUUCUUGGGUUGCGAUAAUCACCCGUUAUCUAGGCAAGAAAUGAUGGAUCUAGUCAAUGCAAGUGGGAAGUUCAGUAAAAAGUUUGAUAAAUUUACUGGAACUAACGACCCUCUAGGUAAGAGAUUAAACAAUACAAGAACCUGCCACGAAGUUGGGUGGGAACCAAAGUACUCUAGCUUUGCUCAUUUUCUUGAUACCAUGUGACAGAUUCUUUAGAAUGUGUUUGAGUUUUGAUUUUGGAGAAAACAGAAGAGAAGAAAGGUCUGAAGAGUAAAUUCUUCCGCCCAAAUCAAACCAAUUUAUAUUAACAAUGUUUAUUAUUAUCUAAAGCAACAGUGGAAAGUUUUCAUGCAUAUGUCUAAACUCUGGUAGUAUGCAAACCUUCCCAAUUCUUCACUUUCGAUGCUGUGUGUAUUAUGUAUAGGAUGCUGAUCAGUUGUUGAAUUGUUUUAAGAGUUAGUUAUUUUAUCAUUUUCGCAAUGCAUGUUGUAGUACAUGCAACAAGUUUGUGCU